CUCGUGUGACGCAUGGCUCACGCUACGGUACGCCAUUUGUGUCUAGCAGCAAAAAGCGCGGACAGUGGAAAUAGUCUUAUAACAAGAGUGCACUGUUUCAGAGGUCGACGUUAGCCUCCUUUUUGGGCCACUGUGCUGCCGUCGUUUUCCCAGCCAUGGAACGCUGUAGGCCCGCCUCCGUCCCGCUCUGAUUGGACCACACAGAUGAUGCAGCCAUUCGAUUGGACGUGCGGUGGAGUUUGAUCCAGCUUUGAUGAUAGUGAUCAACUUCACUGUUAUAUGAUUAUAGCAGGAUAUGAAAUGGAUAAAGCAUUGAUAUCAGGAAAGGAGGCUGUUGAAGACAAACGUGCUGAUAAUGACACCAGUGGGAAGGUGCAGCCAGGUGAUGUGGAAAUGGAGGAAACUAAAGUAGACUCACCCAGUGGGACUGCCAAGCCCGAUGAAACAGAUGAGGAAGUCGCUGAGAAGCUGCGGCCUGACUCUGUACCAGAAGAUGGGGAUAACCUCUGCCCAGUCUGUUCUUUCUCAGCCAAAUGUCCAAGAUCCCUGAAGAUCCACUAUUCAAGAAAGCACGGAAAGAACUCAAAGAAUACCAAUAGAACUGCAAAGCCAGACGAAGAAAACGAAAAUGUGUCAAAAGGGAGUCCAGCUGAAAUCCAUCAAGAAGUAGACAUGGAGACAGAAAGUGCUGCUGAAGUCAAACAAAGUCAGGAGUCUGAUGCUGAUGAGCUGAGAUCAACAGCCAAUGACAAUGGCAUUAACACAAAAAGUUUAACUAAAAAGCAAACUAUAUUAGAUAAACAGCAGGCAGAUCAAGAGGAGGCAGUCCCCACCCAAGAGAGAAGAAUUAGCAAGAGAACCCCAAAACCUAAGAUGAUAUAUUCCUGCAACUACUGUGGACAAGAGUUUAGGGACAAGUCCCCUCUGGAUGUGCAUAUCAAGAGAUCCCACACCAAAGACACCCCAUACACAUUUGACGCCGGCGAGAACAAUGAUGAAGACAAGGAAGCUGAGGAUCCUGGCAGCACUCUGAAGGCCACUCCAACUAGAGUGGCCGCUAAACGUGCGUUCAGCAGGUUCCAGCUGAAGUGUUCACACUGUGAUUUCAGGGUUAGCACCCCAGUAUUGCUGGAAAACCACACGAGAGCCAAACACCUCAACCAGGAGUGGUACCGCUGCAAGUUGUGUAACUUCCUUUCGGCAACAUCUGAGUGGAUGGACGCUCACCUGUCCUCAGACAGUCACAUGCAGCAGCAGAAAGGGGAGAAAAGCACCGAAUCGGCCUCAUUCGACAUCUACGUGGAGAGUGUGAGCAGAGACAGUGCUGGAGACGCUGCUAAUGUAGAUGAUGUGGCUGAGGUGGCUUCUGGAGAGGCAGAAACAGCUUCGACAGAGGGACAUCAGGAAACUGAAGCAGCUUCCGUAGCUGUGAUGGUUGAGGAGGAGGAGUUAGAGCUUGAACCUCCCCGAAAGAAAAGAGGCAGACCAAAGCAAGGGUCCACGACCACGUGUGGAUACUGUGGCCUGGUAGUGUCCAACGCUACCAACCUCAGUGUCCAUGUCCGCCGCAAACACAGCAAGGAGUAUGGCUACAGCUGCACUCUGUGCAACUACAGCUGCGUGACCAAAGGAGACAUGGAUCGGCACUGUAUCACGAAGAAACAUGUCAGACGUGCACAAGAGUGCACCAACAAGAACCAUGUCAACAAUCACACAAGUGCUUCACCGCAGGAAACCACAACUGGAGAAGCAGAGGAACCAAAUGCAGCGCUGGAGACCAGCGACAAAGAGCCGGAAUCGGACGACACAGCCACGAACGAACACAGUGGAGAAGAGCAAACGCAGUCAGACACAAGCCAGAAAAAAAGUAAAUAUGACUCUGUUAGUGCUUGCAGCUAUUGCGAUUUUGUAGCUCAGUCAAUCCCUUCGCUCCAUCUUCACGUCAAGAGAAAGCACACCAAAGACUUUGAGUACGUCUGCCUUGCCUGUAGCUACUAUGCUGUAACAAGCAGGGAAAUGUCUCGCCAUGCCGUCACAGAAAAGCACAAACAGAAAAGUCAGAAAUACCUGGAACCACUGGGGAGUGAGGAAUCAACAGCUUUAGCGCUCCCUUUGAAAGAGGUCAUUGAGCUUGUGGAGGCGAACUCUAAUCCUGAGUGUGAACACCUUAGCCCCACAGAAGAGUCUGACUCUAGUUCUGCUGACAGCCAAGCUGUGGAAAGUCAGAAUAAAGCUGCAGCCACAGAGCCUGUUGAUGCUGCUGCUACAGAAGCUAGCAGUGCAGAUGAGAAGCAAGUAGAGAGUAGCACAUCCUCCAGUAGUGAUGAACCAGAUCCAACCAACGAGACAACUGGACUCACAGAGCUGUGUGAACCCCAGCAGGCUCCAGCAGAACUUCAUCCUGAAGUAGAUCAAUCGGAGCAGCAAGAGAGCCAGGAGGAAGGGGAAAAGCCAGCAGACGAAGAACCCCUAAAUGCAGACGAGAUGAUUUUAGAUGCAAAAAGUGACAGCUCUCAUUCAGAUACACAAAUGUCCAGAGCUCUCCCCUUCGAUGCCUGCAUUAUGUCCAUGAAGGCCCUCGCCGAGCAGGAGCAGCAGCUGCAGGAAGGUCUGGCUCUGGAGGGCGAGGCCGCCGUCAUAUGUCUGACCGGAGGAUCAACAGUGCCCUCCGGCUUCCUGCCCCCCAAUUCUGCAUACGUGAGGAAGAUCAGACGCAAGAUGAUGAAGGUGCGAGAUGAAUCCAAGCGAAGCGGCUCUCGCAUACGCUGCGAGGACUGUGGCUUUAUGGCCGACGGCAUCAGCGGCCUCAACGUCCACAUCUCCAUGAAGCACCCGACCAAGGAGAAGCAUUUCCACUGCCUGGUGUGCGGCAAGUCGUUCUACACCGAGAGCAACCUGCACCAGCACCUGACCAGCGCCGCCCACCUCCGCAACGAGCAGAACAGCGUGGAGGCGCUGCCCGAGGGGGGCGCCAGCUUCAAGUGCGUGAAGUGCACCGACCGCUUCGGAACGGAGCAGGAUCUGUUCGUCCACAUCAAGGAGAAACACGAGGAGCUUCUGAGGGAGGUCAACAAGUACGUGUUGGAGGACACGGAGCAGAUCAACCGCGAGCGCGAGGAGAACCAGGGCAGCGUGUGUAAAUACUGCGGCAAGGUGUGCAAGAGCAGCAACUCCAUGGCCUUCCUGGCACACAUUCGAACGCACACCGGAUCCAAGCCCUUCAUGUGUAAGAUCUGCAACUUUGCGACUGCUCAGCUGGGAGACGCCAGGAACCACGUGAAGAGACACCUCGGCAUGAGAGAGUACAAGUGCGACAUCUGUGGAUGGGCCUUUGUGAUGAAGAAACACCUCAGCACCCACCUGCUGGGAAAACACGGAGUUGGACAGCGUAAAGAGAGGAAGUUUGAAUGCGACUUGUGCGAUCGCUCCUUCAGUGAAAAAUGGGCCCUGAACAACCACAUGAAACUGCACAGUGGGGAGAAACCAUAUAAGUGUGCCUGGCCGUCCUGCCACUACGCCUUCCUCAACCUGUCGGCCAUGAAGGACCACUUCAGGACUCACACAGGAGAGAAGUCUUAUCUGUGUGAUCUGUGUGGUUUUGCCGGAGGCACCAGACACGCCCUCACCAAACACAGACGCCAACACACAGGAGAGAGACCCUUCAAAUGUAAGAUCUGCAACUUCGCCUCCACCACGCAGUCCCACCUCUCUCGGCACAAGCGUGUUCACACCGGGGAGAAACCGUACCGCUGCCCCUGGUGCGACUACAGAUCCAACUGUGCUGAGAACAUCCGGAAGCACAUUCUCCACACGGGCAAACAUGAGGGGGUGAAGAUGUACAAUUGCCCCAAAUGUAACCACGCCACCAACUCUCCCAUGGAGUUCCGCAACCACCUGAAGGACAGUCACCCUGACAUCGAGAACCCAGACCUCGCCUACCUGCAUGCAGGUAUCGUGUCCAAGUCUUUCGAGUGCCGUCUGAAAGGUCAGGGGGCUACAUUUGUGGAAGCAGAAGCCGUGGAAUCCCCCGUGCACAAUAAGGACUUAUCAGAGUCCAUCCACGACGAGCGAGUCCAGCAGGUCAUCAUCAUCCAGGGCUACGGCGACGGGGAGGUGACAAUCGACCAGGCCCUCGAGGAGUCGGCCGCUGCCACCUUACAGACGCUGGCCAUGGCUGGCCAGGUGGCCGAGGUGCUCCACAUCACAGAGGACGGACAAUUCAUAGCCUCGGGCAGGGAAGUGGCAUCCGCGGGCGCCCACCUGGCUGGAGGCAGCACCCAGUACGUGGUGCUGGAGUCGGGGGAGGCCAGGAAAGAGCUGCGGGCUGUGGCUAGAGGAGCCGCGGGACAAAGUCACAUUGUCUCGGAGUCGUCCACAGCUCUGGAUGCUCUGCUCAGCGCUGUCAGCGAAAUGGGCCAUCACGAGGAGAGGCUAGGGGAGGCAGCCGUCGUCCACGAGGUCCUGACCCCCGAGAUAGCCGAGGCUGUGCAGAGCGUAGUGCAGCGAAACGUGAAACAGGAACAGGAGGAGGAGCGGGUCAUCCGGGAGGCCCGCCAGGAGGGGAUGCAGGAGGUGCUGCAGCUCGCCGCGUCCCAGAUGAUGAAGGAAGGUCUAACCCAGGUUAUUGUCAAUGAUGAAGGAACGCACUACAUCGUGACAGAGCUGGACAACUGCACCUUGCAGGUGGAGGAAGGCGUGUAUGGGGAGGCUGGAGGGGGCGACGGGGAGAUGCAGCAGGCGGAGCCGCAGGCCGGAGAAGAGAUGGUGGUCUAUCUGGAUGGUACCCCUCAUAAUAUAGUUCUAGAAGGCUAGCGGAGAGAGAAAUCUACUCAAAGACAUUUGUUAUUUCAUCUCAGUUGUCCUUGUUCAUUUCUGAAAAAGCCAACAUAUUUUAAUUUUACAUCUCUUCUGUUUUCCGUUUCUUUUUACUAUGUUCUCUUGCGCUAUACUCAACUCAGGUUAAACAUCAUUUAUUGAGAGGAACAGUGGUGGAAACUGUUUGGUGCUAAGUGAGUUAACUUGCUAUCCUCACAUCCACCAAGACUACAUCAACCACUUGAUUAAUGCCAUGCAACUUAGUGAAAUUAAUGUAUUUCCUCAUGAAAUUUAUUUGGAAAAUGCAUCUUAUAUUCUGAGUCAUUAUAAAGCAAAAUAUGUGUUUUCUUUGAUACCUUUGUUUAAUAUUAAGUUUUGUUUGUCAGAAUUUUGACAAAGACACAAUGGUUACUUAAUUCUUGUCAAUUUCCUUAUUUUUUUUCUUUCCAUACUUUGUAGAGAUUAGUAUAUUACUAGUUAUGAAUUACCAACUUUUUGGACAAACAAACUCCAAAACAGAUCUUACAGAUGAUUUAUAUGUAAUAAAAUAGAGUGAUAAUUAUACAUCGGCUUCUUAUAAGUUUAGCUUUUGGGAAACCUCAUUAAAACCAU